AGGAUGCACUCUGCGGUGGCGUCGCACCAAUGCUUGUGAUGGAAGGACUCUACCAUCAAUAUGCAUAAUUUUACUUAAUGUUAGUGGUUUCUUCUAUGUGAAACCUACCAUUUUUUCUAUUUCAUGACAUCGACAAGUGACUAUUCAUUGACAUUUGAUUUUUUCCUCGCAUCUUCAAGUACUCUGCAAAAAUGGGUCGUACAACCGCAAAGAAGAAGCAGAGCAAGCGUGCUCAGAAGAAGGCCAUGGCCAAACGGUCAGGCGAGAAGAAGGCCAAGCCAGGGCGCAAAGGAGGUAAUAGGAAGGAGGCCAAAGUGAACCGAGCAAAGAAAGAAAAGAUUCACAAGUUGAUGGAUAAAAGGCUUCCCGAUGUCCUUUCCACCCGACGCUCCGCAGCUGACGUCUUUGCAGGUGAGAGUGAUGCGGAAAACGAUGAUAGCGACGACCUGCAAGAUGCUGAUUUGAAAAAGACUACAGGUGGAGAUGAAAGCGACGAUGACGACGAAGUCUUUCCACCAACGGGAACAAAGGGUUGCGCAAAGGACGACGAUAACUCCAAUCAACAUGAGAUGUCCACUGCCUUCGCUACAAAGCUCUCCCACACGGAAAAAAGUAUCCGCGAUAAGGGUUUCAAAAGCUUGCAAAAGUGGCUGAAAAAGCGGGCUGAUAAGCUGACAGAACUGGAUUUCGUGAAGCUGUGGCGUGCGCUCUUCUACUGUCUAUGGAUGUCCGACAAAAAGCCAGUGCAGCAAGCUCUUUCGGUCCACAUCGCACAGCUCACGCAGUGUAUCGACAAGGAGAAAGUUUCCCUAUGGAUGGGCGCAUUCCUAGAAGUGAUGCAAACUGAAUGGCCCAAGCUCGACACAUGGCGAAUGAACAAAUUUCUCCUCAUGGUAUCAUCAAGCACUCACUUAAAUUAUAGACCUUCUGUGGACCACCUGUCUGUGGACCUUACCAUGCUGAUAUAUGUUGGUUACCCAAUUAAGAUACGCCUUUCGUCAUCUCGCGUGAACUUUCCUAGGCUAGAAAGUUUAUCUUCUGUACAACUUAUUUCACUCAACGCAGGUUCGCAUUCAAAUGGCAGAGAUGUUCUCGUUUGUGCAGAAACAGGACUGGGAGUCGGAGGUUAUCGAGAGUCUGAAUGACGUCUACCUGUCAAUUGCGCCAUUGUCGUUGGAAAGCGCCUUCAAUCCCGGGUUUGCGCAGCACUUCGCUGCCUGUUUCUGGGACGAGUUUGCGGCAACGGCUGAGGCAGCACGUAAGUCGGCUGCAGCAGCAAAUGGCGUCGCUGGUGAAGACAACAGUGCAGAAGCCGAUGGUGCCAAUAAGAAGAACAAGGCCAAAAAGAAAAAGACCAAGGCAGCGAAUUCGGAGGUGGAGACGAAAACCAAAGCCAAAGACCAAGACGGCGAUGAAAGAAUAAACGCUGCAGAGGAAAAGAAAGUGUUGACUCCAGCGACAGACGACACGACUCUGCAUUUUCUAGAACCCUUCCUCCAAGUUCUUGCUGAUCCUGCUUUUUCGGACACCUUCGCGAAGGCGAUCGUCAACGAAAUCUUAGGCGCAAAGUUGCCGAAGAACAUGAGGGAGCCAAUAGCAAAUGAGCUCUUUGACAUUGCGACAGACGAUGAAGUAAAGCCAUACAAGCGGGAGGCGCUGUUGAGCCUUGUGAGACAGCUCCAAGAAGCAGAUGCAGACGAGCCAGGUACUACGAAGUUGAAAAUUUUGAAUGGCUUGUUCGUGUACGUGUUCUUUUUUUCAAUGUAUUUUUUGAGUAGGCCUCAUGUGUCUUUCCUGCUUUACGAUUAAUUUCUUACGACAAGCAGUCUCUUGAAUAAGAUGGAUUGCAUCCUGUACUCCCCUCUCUUUGUACGUUUCAGUUGUCUUGCCAUUGAGGGAACCGAAGAUCAACCCGAGACUGGAAGCACCGAAGAGAAAACUGCGCAAAGGCCUGGGUGUGCGAACGCGAAAUCAACGCAAGGUUCGUCAGCGCGAUAAGAGAUAGUUGCAACACGGAUACAAGACGUGUUGGCACUCUUCGGGGACGAGGAAACACCCACAUCUUAUUGUGUGGCUGGUGCUUGAUGAUUCUCCUUCUUGUGGCAUCAUACUCUAUUUGAAUUUCAUAUCCGUCACCUCCAUUGAAUGAGUAAUAGUGCAUCAGACGCAGACCGUUUGCGGAUUAAGAGGUAUCUCCACUAAGCCAACGUCUCUUAUGUGAC